UUCUUUGUGUGUUCUUUUGUUAUUGUAUUGAAAGUUGGUCUCGUAUAUAUGAUUAGAAGACCCUCUUAAUUAUCAUUGUCAAGAUAUUCAUGAACAAUUAUGAUCAAAGUUGGAGCAGAAGUAAUGGAAAAAUUGAGAAGUGGCUAAAAUGUAUGUGAGAAGUGUGCAUUAUGAGAUAUACAAUGUACAAGAAGAUGAUAAUGGAAAUGUGAGGAGCUGAUGUCUUAUGUUUAAACUCUAUUUUAUCUAUAAAUAAAGUAGUAUGUUAAUGGAAUAGGAGUAUGUUAACGGUUCCCUGUGCACUCGUUGAGGAGGAUAAAAACAGGUCCCACUUGCGUUGGUAAGUAACAAAAGCUAAUAAAUAAAUACCCUUUAAAUUUUAAGUAACUUGACCACUAAACCAAAAAGGAAAAAAAAGUCAAUAUUAUAUAAAUAGCAAUGUAUAAUUCUAAAUUAUUGAUAUUCUUGGGAGUUUUUAUAAUAAUAGGUAUGUAUAAUUCUAAAUUAUGAUGUAGAGUUCUUUAAAUUUCAUUUCAUCAUUUCAAAUACUUGAAAUUUCAUACUCUAGUAAUUGAUAAGCAAACAUAAGAAAGCAUGUUUAACUCACUUAGGAAAUUUGAAAAAAAUUUAAGAAAAAGAAAAAUUGUAUUGUUGUCAUCUCCAUUAUUCAUCAAGGGUCAGGAUAUGAACUAGACAAAAUAAUAAUAAUAAUAAUAAUAAUUUACAAAAUUACUUGAAUUGAAAUGGAUAAAUUUUAAGUGAUACUCUCAGGGAAAUCCUAAGAUAAUUCAUGAUGUAGAGUUCUUGAAGGCCAGUUUUUGUGAAAUUAAUGCUUGAAAUUACAUCGCCUCUAUCAGUCACUUAGCAAACAUCAUAAAGCAUGUUUAAGUUUAACACAAUUUAGAAAUUUUGUCAUCAUCUUCCCUACCAAAGACUCUGUGGUUGCAUAAUCUACAAUCUUUGUUUUAAAUAGUCUAUUAAGUUUAUUUGGGUGAAUUAUUAUUUCGGGUCAUUAAAUUUAUUUUGUCAUUUUAGUCCUUAAAUGUAACAUUUCUAUCAAAUUAGUCCGUCCAUCCAUUAAUAUUUAUAAAAUUGUUGAAGUAUAGUAAAACAGAGUUGCAUCAUAUAUGUAAUUUAUGGAGUAAAAUGGCAAUGGAUGGAAUGACCAACUUGACAAGAAUAUCAGAGUUUCAAGGACAAAACAAAAAAGUAAAUUAGGGAAGAAGAUGACAAUUCACUCUAACUUGGAAUUUUGCCAAUCAUAUACUUUUUGUGCUGACCAAAAGGAGACGUCAUUUUUGAGUUUAUAAUAUUCUGCUUGUGUUGCUGCUAACUUCAACCUUGGUUGCUUGCUGUCUUUCAAGCUGGUCAUAUUCAUGCCUUUCCCUGCAAGUAAUUUGACAAUACCUUGAAGUCCAAAGAAGCUUCUCUCAUUGAUUUCCUUGUCAAAAGAGAAUAAAGGACAAUUUGAGACCAAAUUACUUUUCAAUAUAAGAAUUUAAAAGUCAGCUUAGAAAUGUCAGGAUCAUUUCUAUGAAAACAUAUUCAUCAAAAAAUAAUAAUAAUAAUAAUAAAAGUCUAUGUAGAGGAAUGGCAAUACAAAAUUUUUCUAGACUCCACCUUAUAAACUCAUUGAGGCAUCCCACAAAAAUUGUAGGAGAGUUUUUAGUGUCCCUCAAGAGCAUAAAUCUUGUAAAAGCCUUUUUCUCAAAAAAUUAUUUCAAAAUUACGUAUUGCCACAAGAUUGUGCUCUCUGAAAAUGUCCCUAAACCAAAGAAUUCCCAAUGUUCAAAAACUACUGUCAACAGCAGCCACUGUUGCUGCAACAGCAAUGCUGGUUAGGAGCAUUGCCUAUGAUUACAUACCAAAUGAUAUCCACCGCUACCUAUCCUCUCAUUUACAUAACCUUUCCAGACUUUUCUCUUCUCGAUUCACCAUUGUGAUAGAAGAAUUCCAAGGUCUCUCAAAGAAUCAAAUGUUUGAUGCGGCAGAGGUCUACUUAGGUACCAUAACUAGCUCCUCAGUUCAAAGAGUUAGAGUGGGCAAAGACGAGAAUGAAAAAAGUUUAGUAGUUACCUUGGAUCGAAAUGAAGAGAUAGUUGAUGUUUUUGAAAAUAUACAGAUGAAUUGGAGCUUGGUUUGUACACAAGUUGAGUCAUCAAAUUGCAGAAAUCAAAACAUGAGUGAUCUUAAUGCCACUCUGAGGUCAGAGGUCAGAUCCUAUGAGCUAAGUUUUCACAAGCGACAUAAAGACAAGGUAUUAAGUUCCUACUUGCCAUAUAUUUUAAGAAGAGCAAAGUCCAUUAGAGAUGAGUGCAAAACAGUGAAGCUACGCACGGUUAUAGCAUAUAGAUCAUGUUGGGACCUCAAUGCAGUCAAUCUCAAUCACCCAAUGACGUUCAAGACCCUUGCCAUGGAUUCCGAGCUUAAGAAGGAACUGAUGGAAGAUUUGAACAACUUUUUGAAUGGGAAGGAGUACUACAAAAGAAUUGGGAAAGCUUGGAAACGAGGGUACUUAUUAUAUGGUCCCCCGGGUACAGGAAAAUCAAGUUUGAUUGCAGCAAUGGCAAAUUAUUUGAAUUUCGACAUCUAUGACUUGGAUCUAUCUGAGGUCAGGUACAAUACUGAACUCAGGCUUUUGUUGCUCAGCAUGCCUGGCAGAUCAAUACUUGUCAUAGAGGAUAUUGAUUGCUCUAUCAAGCUAGAAAACCGGGAAAAUGAGAAUGAUCACAAUACUGGAAACAAUAAGAUGACUCUCUCAGGAUUGGUCAAUUUCAUAGAUGGUCUUUGGUCAUGUUGUGGUGAUGAGCGUGUCAUCAUUUUCACGACCAAUUACAAAGAACAACUCGAUCCUGCUUUGUUGAGACCUGGUCGUAUGGAUGUGCAUAUUUGCAUGUCACAUUGCACCCCUUCUGUAUUCAAGCACCUUGCUUUGAACCAUCUGGGGCUUUGCCGUCACGGUCUCUUUCAACAGAUCGAAAGGCUCAUAGAGGAUGUAAAGGUCACUCCUGCAGAAGUUGCAGGGGAGCUGAUGAGAAACAAAGACACUGAAGCUUCCCUUCAAGGACUACUGAACUUCCUCCAGAACAAGAUGAAUGAAGGAGAUAAAGUUAUUAGUAACAACAUCUGAGUAAAUAAAAAAUAAUUAGAUCAAGAAAGCAUAUUUUAGGCUAAUAGAGAAGGGCCUUUUUUCAUUGUUAUCCAGGAUUUAUGUGAUAAACCAGAUGAAUUUUUGUCCAGAAGUUUCUUCAAUUCAAAAAUGCCAAGCAUGCCACA